GUCAACUGUAUCCACAAGUCUGUAGCCUGCGGUUAGCGGUUAGCGUAAACAUUUUUAGUUGUUAUUAAGUUGUUAGAUUUAUUAAUAAGUACGGUCUUUAAACUUGUUGUUUUAAAUAAUAAACAACCACCUCCGCAGCAAGGCGAUGAUGUCACAUUAUGUCAGUCUGGACAACCUUAUGACGCAUUUUGCUCAACUUGAACAGCGGGUCAUUGAGGUCAGUAGGAGUAACAGCAUGUUGGAGGUGAAGCUGGGUGAAGCCUGUAGACUCAUUAAGUUCUAUUCAAGCAGAGAGAAGACUCUGACUGAAGAGAGAGAUAUGCUUCUAACAACAGUGACUAGUCUUCAGCAGAGUCUGCAGGAACAGAACAACCUCAGAGUGGAGAACCAGAGGCUGAAGGAGGAGGUGAUGGACCUGAAGAGAAGUAAUGACAGAAGAGCAGAGGCGGAACAGGCCGAGGUGCAGCGUUUGCUCAGAGAAAUAGGCAGAGAGCAGCGCAAACACCAGGGGGAGUUAGAGGCUGUGAGACGGCAGUGCAGGACAGAAGUGGAGUUGGUGGAGAGCAAGGUCUCCAGUCUGAUGGAAGUCAAAGACUCUGAAGUGACGAAGAUUCUGGAAGAGAAAGACAAAGAAGUGGAGGAGAUGAGGAAGAAGCUGAAGGACCAUGAGAGAGAGAAACAGAGUGAACUGCUGAGGCUGCAGAUGGAGUUUGGUGCCAAGCUGGCCAGAGUUCAGAGUUCAGCACAGAGACUUCAGCAGCAGCAGCAGCAGCAUCAUCACGGCUCCAGUCUCCUGCCUCCGAGUGUCUUCAAGAGGAAGCUGCAGUUCUUUCAGGAGGAGAAGAACAAGGAGAUCAUGUGUCUGCGUGAGAGAAUCAAAGAUCUUGAGGAGAACCAGCGAGUCAGUGAGGGUGGAUUGAAGAGGAAGAGGAACUAGAUAUUGUUGUUUAGUUUUAGCCGUCUGGGUCAGACCCACAGGGUUCAUCUGCUUCACAGUUUAUACAUUUACUCUUACAUUAUCAGUGCAGCUGCAAUUCCUCCUCUCUGCCUUGGGAUCCUGUGUGUAGUGUGUUCCUGUUAAACAAACAGUGUAGUGUGUCUGAUUCUAAAGGUUUAAAUCCCGUCAGCAGCAGAGGUAGAAACACAAGGUCAGAGCUGCUGUCAUUCAAUAAAGGGAGUGGAAUUUUCCUCUGGUCCUCUUCUAAAGACCUGUGACAAACAAAAACAAUAAUAUAAUACAAUAACUUCAUACAUCAUACGGAGUAUCAUGGCUCUUUGAUCAAUGUGUCUUUAUUACUGUUUGAUCAAAAUCUGCCAUAAAACCUUUCACAGCAAACAAUGCAUUCAGAAUAAAGUGAAACUU